AAUAAAUCCGGUUGAUACCCGUCUCUCCCUUCGUGUAAGAAAACCAAAGAGGCGGAACCCUGAGCCCCAUCCCUAUUCUUCUCCAUCUCCGUUACCGGCGGUCGGCGACGGCGAGCAUCAGUAGGCAAUACCCUAGCCCUUGCUCCCUUCUUCUUCUCCGUUUCUCUUCCCAUUGGUAGUUGACAACCCAAUCAAGGGAGAUUGCCGCAGUGGGAGGGCGAUUGCAGCGGCGGGAGGGUGACGUCUCCUUUCUUCUUCUUCUCAUUCUCCGUUUGGCAGGCGAGUUUACUUCUCUGUUUAUCCCAGGUGAUGAUGUGAGAAUUACCUAGUUCGGCUAAAAAUAUAUCUCUGAAUGAAGCGGAAAUCAUAAUUUUUAUCAUUCAAACUAGUGGAAUCAUCUAAUUUCACGUUGUUAAUGGAUCCCUCCAUCAUGAAGCUCCUUGAAGAUGACGAGGAUGAAACCAUGCAUUCUGGUGCAGAUGUAGAGGCAUUCACUGCUGCCUUAAAUAGAGACAUAGAGGGGGAUACCUCCAUUUCUCAGCCACCAGUUCCAGAAAAUGCGAUUUUGUCCCAUGGUGGCAAUCCUACUUCCAGUCGGCUGGUUCCCCAAUGGCAUAAUUCCAACCAAGAAGAAAAUGCUACCUCCCAAACUCAUCAGGAAGAACCAAACAAUAUGCAGUCACAAGUCCAGCAUUCAACUGAAACAGUGCUGAUGCAUUCUGGAUCUGGUGCUGAGAACCAGCAGCAGCAACUUGUUAGCUCACAGGAACACAGUGAACUCCCUAUGCAGCAGAAACAAUCAAACGAUGAUCAGAAAAAGUUGCAGGUGGAGCAAAACUCCCUCCAGAUGUCUCAGAAAAAUGGAGCCCAAAUUUCUGAACAAAGUCCUGGUCACUUACCAGAAAAGGAGAGAUUGCUGCUGGCAGACAGCCAAAAUCAAUAUCCAAAAUUACAAAAGAUGAACAAUCAGCUUACAACUUCUGCAGACCAAGCAAGUAACCCAGUUUCUCGUGGUAAAACAGUACCAAUUGCUAUGUUGUUCCCAAUGAUGAUGCCGAACCUUGAUAAAGACAGAGCUAUGCAGCUAGAAACAAUUUAUGCUAAAUUGAGGAAAAAUGAAAUCAACAAAGAGGACUUUGUCCGGCAUAUGAGGAAUAUUGUAGGGGAUAAUAUGGUCAAACAGGCUGUGGCAAAACUUCAGAUGCAGAUAGGGCCCCACCAAUUUCAGUUACAGUCUCAAGCUUCUUUGCAGCACCAGAAUCAGCCUCCACAGCAACAGCAGCAGCAACCCAAAAUGCCAAAUGUUCAACAGUUCAGUGAUCCACAAUCAUUUACUCAACUUCAUCAAAAGGGACCUCCUACUGACAUGUCUCAGGUUGCAACUUCAACAGCUCAAGGGCAAAAUGAUUCAAACUUUCCUACCACAGAAAACAGCUCUCAGAAGUCCAGAGAGACGGAACAUCAGUCAGAUUCACCAGGAAUGCAUUUGAGCCAAACAUCUACUGCUAGCGUGAGCAUGGUCAAUCAGGAAAAGGAACUCUCCCCCAUUCAAAUCCCAGGGAUUAACAAGCAGCAGCAGCAGCAGCAGCAGCAGCAGCAGCAUUUGCCCCUUCCUCACACAUCAUUCCCAAUGUAUGGGACCAUGGUUGGCAAUUAUUCUCCUCAUUCAUAUUCUGGGCCACCUAUCAGUGGUGCGACGACUUCCCUUAAAUCGCAAACUCAAGAUUCUCAAAUCAGACAAGUUCCUCUUCAUCAAGGCAUGGUUUCAAAUCAGUUGGGAGGGGCAACUCAGUCCAUGAACAUGAUGAUUAUGCCUAAAUAUGAGAUGCAAAACUCUCUUACUGAGCCCAAGAGAUUGCAAGGUGGAACUCACUUGACAAGCCAUUCAACAAUGCAGCAAAAUCCAGCUCAGAGGCAAUCAUCAGUGACUGAAGAGCAAAAAGGUGGCGCUUUGUCAUCAAUGGUUUAUGUGAAGCAGGAAUUAGUUGAUCACACUGCUGAGCAGCAGCAAAUGCCCCAAUUGUCAGCUUCCCAAGGUUCAUCUUCUUUAGGUCCUGUACAGGUUGACCAAGAGGAAACCACAGACAAGCAGGUGGCUAGAAUUCCUUUCUCAACUUCUGCAAAUGCAGCAGUGCCUACAAAUUUAGCUUCUGGUUCCGUAGCAACAACAAUAGAUGCUACUUUUCCGAUGCGCCCUCAAAUCCUAUCUGCAGCCACCCCAGUUGGGGCUGGAAUUAAUAUGAAGACACCUCCAAAGAAAGCUUCUAUCAGCCAAAAGAGGCCAGUCGAAGCAGUUGGGACUCCAUCCCCUUUGUCUAGUAAAAAACAAAAGGUUACUGGAGCUUUUCUGGAUCAAAGCAUCGAACAACUCAAUGAUGUUACUGCUGUCAGUGGAGUUAAUUUGAGGGAAGAGGAGGAGCAGCUAUUAUCUGCACCUAAAGAGGAAAGUAAGGCUUCAGAAGCUACUCGGAGGGUCGUGCAAGAAGAAGAAGAAAGACUGAUACUGCAGAAAAUACCCCUUCAAAAGAAAUUAGCACAACUCAUGUCCAAAAGUGGCAUAAGGAGUGUAAGUAAAGACGUGGAGCGUUGCCUGUCAUUGUGUGUAGAGGAGAGAAUGCGCAGUUUGAUAAGUAAUCUGAUCAGACUAUCAAAACAGAGGGUUGAUAUUGAAAAGCCACGACAUCAUACUAUUAUUACCUCCGAUGUUCGGCUUCAAAUUUUAAUGAUGAACCGAAAAGCCAAAGAGGAGUGGGAGAAAAAACAGGCUGAAGAAGCUGAAAAGCAACGGAAACUUAAUGAAGCAGAGGGAAACACUGGUGUUGAUGGUGACAAGGACAAGGAUGAAGCUCGUUCAAAGACACUCAAGGCAAACAAAGAGGAAGAUGAUAAAAUGCGAACGACUGCAGCAAAUGUUGCUGCCCGGGCAGCAGUUGGAGGGGAUGAUAUGCUAUCAAAAUGGCAACUCAUGGCAGAACAAGCCCGACAAAAGCGUGAAGGAGGAGCAGAUGGGGCAUCCAUUGUUCAGCCUGGUAGAGAGCUGAGCCGCAAGGCCUUGUCAACCAUGGGACGAACCACUACGGACAAUCAAGAAGUUGAAAACAGAGGCCUUUCUGCUGCUGCAGCAUCUGGGUCUGCAAGGAAAUUUGGCAGGAACUCUGUUUUCAUGCCACAGUCAAAGGUUGCACGGACCAUUUCUGUCAAGGAUGUAAUUGCAGUCCUGGAGAGGGAGCCCCAGAUGUCAAAGUCAACUUUAAUGUAUCGUUUGUAUGAGAAAAUUCGUGCUGAUGCUGUGGCAAAUGAUCAAAGGUGAAAUACGGGGCAAGGGGCUCUCAUGUUAGCAUUUUUUCAGAACUACCCUCGUGAAUCUGGGAGAGUAUGAGGUACAACUGGAUUAGGCUAUUCUUUGGUUUUUCAUAUAUGCUACAUGUAGCCAACUCUCAAGGAGACUAAUCUCUGCAUUCACUAUUCACCCGUGUCUAUUUGGAAUCAUAGCAUACUAAAUAAAACCCUAGGAUUGCCCUCAUUCUGAUUACAAAGGCAGGUAAGUGGUCUUCUAAUGAAUGGAGAUCAAAAAAAAAAAAAAAAAAAAAGUGGGUGUAUCAAUAAGGAUUGUAAAAGAAUGUUUAUAUGAUUUUUUUUUUUUUGGCAACAUUGAGUUUUUAACAGGCUCCAUUUAUCAGACUAUAAAGAAUGGUUGUGGAGGAGGAAAUAUAUGAAGUGCACAAAUGCGAACAAAUGCAAGAUCCAGGACUAGUUAAAUUGAAUCAAUCUUAUCUGCAUAAAUAUCCCUGAAUUCCUUUUAACA